CAUGGAUGGACUAUCAGUUCUCAUAAUACGUCCACAAGUUUUUUGCCACUGUAGCCUAAAAGCCAGCUAGCUAAGCAUGCUUAGCUAAUAUUAGCUAACAGAUAAAGGCGCAGUAAAAAGGAAGACACAAGAAAAUCAUGGAUGGACUAAAUGAUGUUACAGUAUCAGUUCUAAAUGCUGCCAACAUAGAUGAGGUUUUAAUCCACACCCUCAGUCGUGAUGAUUUAAGAGAUCUUUUUCCUGGUCCAGAAAACUUUCUCAGGAGGAAACAGUUGUGGGCUCAUCUUCACAAAGAGGAGGACUAUUCCACCUUACCAGACAAAGCUGGCCCUGGUGAAGCAGGAACUAGGUCUUCACCUAAACAAACACCUCCAACAAAGAUUCUAGAGGCAUAUCCAUGUUUCAAGGAGCUUCACAAUGUGAUGGAUGAGCUACAGCGGAUCCUGGAUAAGAACAACAAAUUCAUAACUGAAGUAAAGGCAAGAUGGGAGGACUUCUGCUCCGUGGUUCAGUUUUAUGGUCUUUGGAAGAAGGUGUUAAAGCCACCGAUGAACCAAAAUAGAGUGGAGUACAACAUAGCCCUGUUUAGGGCACUCCCCACACUCUUCCCCUCACCAACUGCGCCACCCAAGAAGCUGGGACAUGCCAGUGAGGCAUUGCUUCAUGUCCUUCAGCCAGCAGAAGAUCCAGCCAUCUACCUUCAGAGGAGAUCUCUCUUCAGCCCUGUUUUGCUCUUUGAUGGGUCCCACUGUAUUAUGGCAAUUGGAACCACACCCAUCACCACAUUUGCCAAAGAAGACCUCUGUCAAGGUUUGCUGUAUCUGAUGGCAUACUACUACACCUUGCAUCUCACAUAUCCAAAGUGUGUGGCAACCCUUCUGUCUGUCAUUCAGACUGAAGUGUUAAAGGACAGUAUCCAUGAGCGAGACACCACAAGCUCAUACAAAAAAGCCAUGGCAGAGUGGAAGGCUUUUAUUCAGGAGUAGAGUUGUACAGGUACACAAGUCUGUGUUGGAAAGUUUUAUCCUGACAUAAGAGCUGUAAAAAAGACAUUUAAAUUCUUCAUUUUUGUUUAUCUAAUACAAACACAUCAUCUGUUCUUCAAAUGUUCUGCUUUAUAAUGUGAG